AUGCCAGUCCAGGCCUUCUCAUUCCCUAUACCUCAAACCAGAUUCUUUCAGGUUGGCCAACAUGUCUACAAGUUCAAGAUAAAACGAGGAAGUAAAAUCAGUGGUGAAGAAGAGCUGUUGGAGAGUGAGUUUGUCAGCGAGGAGCUUGAGAAUGCUGUACGAGUUGUACUUUUGAGCUUGGACAAUCUUCAUCCGUUCACCACUCAGCAUUUCAACAUCUUUCCUUAUAAGAGUAGGUGGGAGCGUGUGUCAGAGUUGAGGUUCAGGAAAGGAGACAAGAAGUUAUUUGCGUACCCCUUCCUCAUCACGUUGUAUGUGGAGACAAAUGAGCCAAUCCCUGCACUCACAGUGAGCCAUGCAAACACAUGGGUCCCUUCAGAUGGGGAUUCUAGAUUGGACAGUCCACAUCUUCUUACUUCCUGUACCCUUCCCCCAGCUAAUGAACCCAAGCGCAGAAGAACAGACAAACCACAAGAGGGCCCUCUGAGCUCAGAACACCAUUAUGACAAGGUGGACGCACAGCUGUGUCUCCAAGAGUUGCCGAACCUGCCUGAAGGUGCAGAAGAGACGGUUUGUGGCAGUGAGGUAUAUGCUGAUUCAGAGCAGUCUUUACCAGGUGCCACAGAUCCGGGGUUUCAUGUUGCUGAGCAGAAAGCCCUGGACUCUAAAUCCACAGAAAGGGAAAAACCUGGAGUCCUUGCCAGAUUGGCCAGCAUUGUGGCGUUUCCCUUCUCCCUGCUGUCCAGACGGAGCUGA